CGGACCUGUUCUCAACCACCACCAUUACGGAUGGGCAUGUAAGUAGAAGGGAGAUUGGAUACAGCUGCCUUGCUCCUCAGCAUCGCGACAUGGCGUCCCGCGGCGAUUCCGAGGACCAUUCGGUCCAGCUUAUGCACGACCUGACAGCGGGAUUCGGCAGCUUGUCCUUGGGCGCAUCCUCAUCAGAGGGCUUCGGGGCGCCGACGCGGCACUCGCUGUUGUUUCAGUCUCGACCUCUUUUCUCAUCGCCUCCCUCGUCCGACGUGCACAACGCUCAGUUCGCCAGUCGUUAUCAGCGUUUUGCAGUUGUGAGCAAUGCACUGCCUGCUUCUCGUCCCUUCGUGCCCACCUUUUCUCUGGCCAGGCAACGACGGCAGAGUCUGACUUUUGAGGACAUCUUAGCAAGGGAGAGACGAAAAGGUGACCUCACCGUGGAAGAUGAGUCUUGGCUUUUGGAUGGUCCGGAUCGCAUGAUUACCGACGCCUCAUCAUCUAUCUCUCCGUCUUCUCAUUAUCCAUCGCCUUCAACUCCCACUGUGGACGCGGGGGCUUUAUUGCCGCCAAGCAAUUCCAGUACGCAUACGAAUAUAGCUGCCCUUGAGCCACCCACUCCCAACGCGUCGAAUCGAUUAGCGAGCCAUCGAAAGAUUUCGCUCAUAGGCAUGAACGAAACCAUGACACUCUCACCGCAGCCAAAAGUCGAGAGGCACUCGGGAUUGCACAUAACAGCGGAUGGUUUGGGGAUUACAGCUCGCACUAUCGGAAGCGUCCCAUCUUCGACGAAUGUUGACAUAGAGAGAAGCGCGAACACGCCCAGUUCAAGGCAUAUAGCGGGAGAAUUGUCAGCGGCAAACCUCGAUUCAGACACAGAUUUUAUGCGGUAUUCGCCAGCACUGAUGUCUGCAAGGACGUGCUAUGAAGAUCCCGUUUUUCGUUUCACAGCGUCUGUUGCGUCACCGUCGAAAGCAGUAAAGUCAACUCGCACCAUUGCGACUACCGGUAAGCCGCGCUCUUUGCGACCGACCACCGCAGCGUUACAUUCCGCGUCGCCAUCAGCGAGACCAACGAAUGUCACCAAGACUUCGUCACCGGCAAAGCGCGUGAUUGCAAGUUCACGAACGGAAAAGGUGGGGCGUAGCCAAAUGAGCGAGGGCAUGGAACCAGGUGAACGGCCACGGCCUGCUGUCGAAUACAAUAUCGACAUUAGCAUUACAGUGCCUCCUGCAGUCGAGGAGUACACGAACGAGAUGAAGCAUGUUCGAUUACAACAAACCCAAACAGCGUACCAUGCUACCUCCAAGGACGACCAUUCCACCCCAUCUCUAGAUAUGAUCCGAAGCAGCUGUGACCCAGCAUCUCAGUCGCCUUCCACGCCAAGGAGUCGUUCGGGACUCCCACGGCCGUCCCCUGGCAAACACGUAGACGCCACCCCAUCUCCUCUGAUCGCCCGUCUUGCGUCCCACCUCCUUACGUCAGAUUCUCCUCCAAUGGUCAAACGGAAAGGCGGUGAUGAUGAACACUUGGUCUCGUUGGUGCGAGCGCAGAAAUUCAGUCGAGGCGGCAGUCGGUUGCCUGUGGCAUCGAGCCCGAGGCCCGCCAGCGCCCCUCGGCGUUCUCUGGGAUUGGGAAACAGGAAGGAUGGCUCGGCUAUCAAGAGCAGGUUGUCCGAGGUUCCCCUCAGGUGCGCAACAAGACCUUCUAUUUUUUCAUGUCCUUUUCAAGCGUUUUUCUAUCCUUGUAAUCACCUGCUGAUUGCGUGAUUGGUAAACCCAAUCAUAUUACAGAAUUGCGAGGAGUAUGCAACCACACACGACACCAGGAUAAAAGCAAUAUGCCUUCAUACCAGGAAAAUGGAUACCCACGAUCAUUGCGGUUUUCUUUGUUCAUUCGAGUUCAAUCUUUUUGGAUUUGACAGAAUCAGCCUCUCUCAUUAUUCAUCAUCGGAGAACCAUGUAGGCAUCUCUUUUGCUCAGACAACUAUCCACAUUUCAUAUAGCGGACACAUAAUCAUUCGAGACGCACAUCUUCUCCUAAAGACUGUUAAGUCAAUAAUGAUA